GGAGGUCUUUCUUGCUCUCCAUGUCGUUCGUCUGUCUGUUCCAGGGUAACUUUUCCUACCUCAGUCUCUCUGACUCAGAUGGAGCACGAUUCAUAAAAACGUUUGCUGAAGUUUUUGAAAAUACAGCAAUUCGCCCUGUGAAGAACUUCAGUCAGCCAUUGGAAAUCAACCUCACCAUCCACCUCCAUGCGAUACUUGGUCUGGAUGAGAAGCAAGAAAUUCUAACAACAUAUCUAUGGAUGGAACAGAGGUGGUUUCAUGACUUCUUGGUGUGGGACCCAUCAGAUUUCGGCGGGAAAGAAUUGGUUGCUCUGCCUAAGGAGAAGCUCUGGAUUCCCGAUAUCCUCAUCCUUGAGAUGGUUGAUGAAGACAAAUCCCCCGAAACCCCAUAUCUGUAUGUGCAUCAUACAGGGCUGGUCAUCUGUGGGAAACCGCUGAGGAUCGUCAGUUCGUGUAAUCUCAAUAUCUUGUACUUUCCAUUUGACAUUCAAAAAUGUCCACUGACAGCUUCAUCCAUCACCUUUUAUGAUAAGGAUUUGAAACUACACAUCAAAGAGACCUCUGAGGAGAUAACGUCCAAAUCCAAGAAAAUAUUUGCAAGCAAAGGAGAGUGGGAACUCCUCCAGAUUGCGGCUUCAGAGCAUAUGAUUCAGGAGGAUUGGGCAAACUAUGAUUUUAUAUCCUUGGAAGUGACAAUGAAGCGGAGGCCAACGUUUUAUGUUGUGAACCUACUCAUUCCGAGUGCCUUCCUCAUGCUGACUGACAUCGUGAGCUUUUAUCUGCCCGCUCACAGUUUUGACCGAGCCUCCUUUAAGAUGACCCUCAUGUUAGGCUAUUCAGUUUUCCUCAUCAUUGUGAAGGACUUGUUACCCAGUAGCUCAUCCCACACUCCAUUGAUAGCCAUUUUCUUCCUGGUGUCUCUGACCUUCAUGGUCAGCAGCUUGUUUGAGACCAUCAUCAUCAUAAACGUUAUCCACCAGAACGCAAAGCAGAGGAAACCAAUCCCGGCUUGGAUGCAAACCUUCAUCCUGGACUAUGGGGCGAAGCUGUUCUGGCGAAGAGGGAAGCUACCUGUGCAUCACCAGAUUUCCCAUGUCCGACAGGCCACCAACAUCACAGUUCAAGACUGUGAAUUGAAGAGUUCCUGGCCAGAGGAGAUGGAGGCUCUUCAGGCACUGCUGCGUAGAAUCGCUGAGGGAGUGGAGGAAGUCAAACAUUGCAUGGAUCGGCAUGACCAAGAGCGGCAGCUGGAGGACAAGUGGCUGCAGAUUGGUCACAUCCUCGAUUGCCUCCUUCACUCUGUGUACUGCAUAUUCUUCACAGCCUUUUUGUUAACUCUUGCUAUUACUUGGCUGAUGUGA